ACAUAUAUAUUUAUUGUGCUUUAAAUUUGGUUUGUUGCAAAAGAGUUGUUUUGAUAAUCGGUUCCAGAGUAUCUCCUUUUUAAUCGCUAUAAAGAGUAAUCACUCAGAAAAAAUCCCUGGAAAUUGUUAUUCAUAAUAGGGCUGGCAAUUUCUAAAAUAAUUUAAAAAAAUAAAUUUACAUUACAUUUAAAAUUUUCCUUUCUAAUUUAAUCAGUUAUUAUGAGUUGUUGUGUUCCAAAACCUACGUCAGAUUACCAUAAAUUCAAUGCAAAUUAUCGCCAGAAACCAAUAACGGAGAAAUUUUGGUCUCCGCCUGAUAAACGGGCGAAAACAACGGAAAGUUCGAAAAUUUUAUAUUAUGAGCAAAAACUUGAAAAGGUUCGUAAACAUGAUGCGCGUUGUCAUUCAAAAGUACCGCGGUAUACAAAUCAAACAUAUGGAUGGUUACCAGGAUAUAAAAUACUCUUUCUACAAAAAUGUGAUCUAAAUAUAUGCCAAACUUCAGCGUUACAAAAAGUGGCCAAAGAUUUGUUGCAACAACAUUUAAGGGAUCCGAAAACAUUAACCAAUCAUUGUGCUUGUAAGAAGUUGUUAGAGGCAAGAGAUCAUUGGAAAAUAGUUUGAUGAAUAAAUAGAUUUAAAAUUGUAUAGGU